UCUUAAGCAUGACUAAAGUUCAUUAUUGCAAACGUCCAGACAACAAUACAAAAUCGUGCAAGGCGCGUGGUUCUGACUUGCGUGUUCACUUCAAAAACACGCAUGAAACAGCUAGAGCGGUCAAAGGGAUGCCAUUGAAAAGAGCCAUUCGCUUUUUGGAGAAUGUUAAGGAAAAGAAGGAGAUUGUUCCUUUUCGUCACUUCAAUGGUGGUGUUGGACGAAAGGCGCAGGCUAAGGCUUGGGGUACGACUCAGGGACGCUGGCCAAAGAAGUCUGCGGAAUUUCUCUUACAACUCUUGCGAAAUGCUGAAAGCAAUGCUGAGGUUAAAGGACUCGAUGUUGACCAUCUUGUGAUUGACCAUAUUGUGGUGCAGGCUGCGGCCAAAAUGCGAAGGCGCACAUAUAGGGCUCAUGGACGUAUAAACCCUUAUAUGAGCUCGCCUUGCCAUAUUGAAGUGAUUUUAACUGAGAAGAAGGAAAUCGUUUCUAAACCUGCUGGAGCAAUUGUUAAGGUGAAGAAGGAGUCUAAGAAAAAACAGCGACGACAAUUGGCCCGUGGCGAAUACUAA